GGAUGAUGUGUGGGUUUGCGCAUGCGUCCUGGCUCAGCAACAACAUCAGGAGUACAGAGGGGGAUGGCGGAGGAUGGUAAGGAAGACCCGGUGGCGACGGACGGUGUUUCUGACCACACGGCUGCAGAUGGGAGAUACAGCUUAAACGACACGAUGGUGGAGGAGGGCUCGAUGCUCCUUCGCAGGAUGGAGAUCUGUGUUGCUGAGGCAGAGAAAAGGAGUGGUAAAAACUCAGUCAACAUGCAGGAGACGUUCACCGUGUACCUCAUCGAAACGCGGCCAAUGGAUGCAGUGGCUGAAGGUCGUAACCUAGCCCCUGACUCUCUGUGGAGGAGAUACAGUGAAUUUGAACUGCUGAGGAACUACCUAAUAGUUACCUAUCCUUACAUCGUGGUCCCCCCGCUGCCUGAGAAGAGGGCAGAGUUUGUGUGGCACAAGCUGUCAGCCGACAACAUGGACCCAGACUUUGUGGAGCGCCGCAGGGUAGGGCUGGAGAACUUCCUGCUUCGUGUGGCUUCACAUCCAGUCCUCUCCAAUGACAAGAUUCUCUACCACUUCCUCACUGAGGAACAUGGCUGGAAGGAAGUGGUGUAUGAGACAGGAUUCCAGGCAAAGGCAGAUUCCAGGUUGAGAGCUCUCAGUGCCACCUUCAGGGUGAGAAAUCCAGAUAAACGGUUCAUGGAAAUGAAACACUACAGUGAUGAGCUGCAGUCUCACACAUCUCAGCUACUCCGAACGCGAGCAAGGGUUGCAGAUAGACUCUACGGUGUUUACAAAGUCCAUGGGAACUAUGGAAGAGUCUUCAGUGAGUGGAGCGCAAUCGAGAAAGAGAUGGGAGAUGGACUGCAAAGUGCUGGUCAUCAUAUGGACGCAUAUGCUGCCUCAAUAGAUGACAUCUUAGAAGAAGAGGAACAUUAUGCAGACCAAAUGAAAGAAUAUCUCUUCUAUGCUGAAGCUCUGAGAGCAGUGUGCAGAAAGCAUGAGCUGACCCAGUUUGAGCUUGAGAUGGCCUCUCAGGACCUCAUCUCCAAGAAGCAGCAACAUGAGGCGUUGGCUACAGGGAUCGUGCGGACAUUCUCCUUCAAAGGAAUGACCAACAAGCUUUUUGGCCAAGAGGCACCUGAGCAGAGGGAAGCCAGGCUGAAGCUGCUGGAGGAGCUGAUAGUAGAGGGUGAAGAGACCAUCAAGGAGAAAACGGUCGAGUGCGAAGAGCAUGUUGAGAAAGCAUGGGUGGACAUGCAGCGUUUUAAGGAGCUGAAAGACAAAGAUCUCCGGGAAGCACUCAUUAACUAUGCUGUCAUGCAAAUCAGCAUGUGCAAAAAGGGAAUACAAGUGUGGAGCAAUGCCAAAGAAUGUUUUCUCAAGAUGUAAAGCUGAAGCCAUAUUUAGAGGAUGUCCACCCAGUGAACGUCAGUGAAGAUUGGUUGUGGAUGCUGGUUGAAGUCUGAAAACAACCACAGAAAAGUGACAAAACUGUGUGUAAAUAUAAUGUAAUUCCGAGUGUUGAUACAAAACAUGUUAACAUGCAACUAAUUUUCAAUAGUGAUCUACAUUCACUAUUAACAUUUUGAGGAGGGGAAAGACAUGGGGUGGUGGUAAGAAGGUGUGUGAUGGAACUCACAAAGCAUAUGGGGACCAGGGUUCACAGUUGAAUUUUUGAAUAUUAAAGUCAUCACUCAACAGAUCAUUCUCUUAAACCAUAAAGAGAUCACUUGACAUUUUUUCACAUGUUAAAAUCAAUUAACUAGUCCUUGGAUCAAUAAUUUGACUUUUGUCAAAGACACACUAUUAAGUUGUAUAGUGGGAAGUGUAUGAGUCAGUUGUUUUGGAAUUAGUUAUCUCAGACAGUGCUGCAUGGAUUUUCACUCUUUUUACAUUUUGUAUCUUCUCAGUUGCCCAACUUGAAGAGAGUUGUGUUAAAUUGCUUGAGGGCGCUGAGAGUACACACAUACAGUAUGUACUGUACUUUACUGUGGCCUAUUAGUUCAGUUUGUUUAGUAGUCGUAAAGGCUGCCAAACUCUGGUACUUUAGAGGGGAAGGUCUAGUUCCAAUUGUGGUUUCUUUCUUUGACUAUGGUUGGGAUUAAACUAAUAGUCAUCUAAAUGUGUCCUUUAUACUUAUAUGUCAUGAAUUCUGGGUGAAUUUUAACUUUUCCAAAAUAGAAAAAAACAUUGCUGACCAAGAAACCAAACUUCUUAGCUUAGUUUACAUCUAAACAAGCUGUUUGUCCCCAGGAAGAAUUCCACUGAUACAAGGAUUUUUUUUUUUACAGGGAGUGUUUAGUAACAUCUACAGUAUGUAGCAGAGCUGAGCUGUUGUGGCUUGUUAAUGUGGCAGUACCUGAGCUUAUGAUAACUGGUUGGUCAGGUUAACGACUGUUUCAUGGCAAGUCCAAACUGUAAUCUAAAAACUCUAUUUUUAUUUGUGUCACAGACACGUACCAUGUGACCUUUCAUACACGCUGGACAUAGGCAUACCAAGAAAAACAGGAAGCAGAAAAUCCUACAACCAAUUUUUACUUUUGAAUCUCUGUACUUGCUUACACUUAAUUUAAUUUUAAUUUCAAAUAGAUGUUACAGGUGCCAGGCGGGUAUGGGGCAACAGAUAACUUUACCUGUGGAUAGGACAAAAAUACUGAAGCAGGGAGAAGUGACUACUCUAAACAGUUCUGUGAUAGUAUGGGAUUGAGUUGGCUAACUCAAAUUACAGUUCCUCAACUUUUCUCUGCUGUGAGGCAAUUGCUCAUGUGUUUGCUUGAAAUUAACAAGUCAAAGUGAAGAGGCUAUGUAAGAUGUGGGAUAGAUGAUACUCAGUUUAAGAUGAUUUUAUUAAAUUUCAACUGAAAUUAACCAUU